AUGUUUCGAUUGUCCAGUUUGACUUCUAUAAUUCGUAGACAAUCUUCACAGCAAGCAAGACGUCGAAAUGUUGCUAUGAUUUUGCAUGGUUGUGGUGUUUAUGAUGGUACAGAGAUACAUGAAGCUACAAGUAUGCUGAUUCACUUAGACAGACAUCAUGUCAGUUUGUCUAUAUUUGCACCAGAUCGUGAUCAAGUGGAUGUUAUCAAUCAUAUCAGUGGGUCAACUAUGAAUGAAAAGAGAAAUGUGUUAAUUGAAUCUGCACGAAUUGCUCGAGGCAACGUACAUUCAUUGGAUGAUUUGAAUGCAUCGAAUUUUGAUGCAUUAUUCAUUCCUGGAGGUUUUGGUGUUGCUAAAAAUUUAUCAAAUUUUGCUUCAGAAAAUGCUUCAUGUGCCCUUUUGGCUAAAUUAGAAGAUAUUGUUAAAAAAUUUCAUUCAGAUGGUAAACCAAUGGGGCAAUAAUGAAAACAAGACAUGUAGUCCAGUGAAGAGUCUCUUUUCACCAGCGAAUUCUUUAUAUCGCUGAAGCGCUCUGGCCAUUCAUAAAGAAAAACCGGAGGUGUGCAUACAAAAGAGAAUUACUCAACCACUUCUACUGUCAUGGUAACAACUUUGUUGAUUUUUAGUGACUACUUAAUUUUGUUUGUUUGCCUGUUCUUUAAUUGCUUAUAAAUUCUUCUAUUCAUUUAGAACUCUUAUGUAAUUUCGUAUUCUCUUCUUUGUUCCUAUGUGUAUCCUGAGGAAAACUCAAUCGCUAAACUAUUCAUAUUAUUAUUACAUAACUUCCUUUUUAACAACUGUUUGUGACAACUCAUCACCUACAUUUGUUACUACCCUAGUAACAUUAACACCUAAUUUUCCUGACCGAUUUUGUAUUACAUAACUCCAACAAUCAAUCUUCAGCUGUUUAGUUAAAAUAACCAAUUGACCAAUUGUCUACUUUUGUUUGACAAACUUAAUGUACACAUACAUACAAAAUAACACGCAUAUACAUAUUUGCGGUUGUACAGCUAAGAAAAUGAAUUCGCCGCCGAAAAGAGACUCUUCGUUGAACAACGUGUUUUAUUUUAUUAGUUAUAUAACAACUUAAUCAUCGUUCCUCAGUAUGAGGUAAUUUUUACGUUUUUCGUGAAGUUGACCAAUUCUUAAUCAUAACAAAACUGAGUGUAGAUUGUUGGAUUUAGUAAGGGUAUAAAUUUAUAGAAAAAACAGCCUGUGUUUACAUAAUGAAAUUGG